AUGAUGGAAGAAGGACAAGAAGGGUGGGGAGGACUGAUAGAAGAGAGGAGACUCGCAUCGGGCGUGAUAUGGAAGGUGGCGCCCGAGUCAGCGAUCCAGUCAGGACUGACUGGUCGCAGCCCUGCGGCAGGAGGAGCCGCGGGCGAAGGUUUGGCGGUGGAGAGGAAUGAGGAAGCCGGUGUGGAAGGAGACGCAGCUCCUCUAGGCACAGCGGCCAUGGCCCGCGCACGUAGAGCUGUUGUGUCCGACAACAGAGGCGCCGACCUGCCGUCGCCCCACAUGGUCGACCACGGGUGGCGGAAAGAUGCCCAGGCCGCCGGGUCCCAUCCGACAGGCACUGGCAAGGCACUCGGAGGUGGAGGCCACAGAGGCGCUGAGAGACUCCACCCGCCUCCACCGCGGUGGCGACGGUGGCUGCCACGGCCCCCCCAACCCCCGCUUGGCUCGGAGGGAGGAGGAGCAAGAAGAGACGAGGUCCUGUCCGCCGCCGCAGCGGCCCGGUCAGCGGCGAGGGUGGUGACCGCCGCGGCUGCGUCAGCACGCGGCAAGCCCAGUCCGGCAGCGUCAGCCCAGGGCAUGCCCAGUCCGGCAGCCACUGCAGCAGGCAUGGCGGCGACGGCCGCGUCCCCGGAGCCGGAGGAGGUCACCCCGACAUGCAUGCGCACAUGGCCGUCCGCAGCAGCAGCGCGGGCAGCGGUGAGGGCAGUGGCGAGGGCGGAGUGUGGUGGAGGAAGGGCAGCACCCGCGCCCAGGGGUGGCGCGCCCGCAGCUGCGCUCAGGGCCGUCGCGCUCGCGCCCAGGGGGCCCGCGCCCAGGGAGGCCGCGCCCAGGGGGGCCGCGCGCAGGGGCGGCGCGCCCGCGCCCAGGGGGGCCGCGCGCAGGGGCGGCGCGCCCGCGCCGGCUGGUGGUGGAGGAGGGGCGGCCAUGGCCGCGGCUGCGGCGGCUGCUGCCUGGCGGCUGGGCUGGGAAGGGAGGGAGGGAGAAGAGAAACCCUAG